UUAGGCACCAUACUGGACAUAUCUAUUAUGUGCACUCGGGCUCUUUAUCUACCAGUCACUGGAUGCUAUUGAUGGGAAACAAGCCAGAAGAACAAAUUCUUGUUCUCCUUUAGGAGAACUUUUUGACCAUGGUUGUGACUCUCUUUCCACGGUAUUGAUGGCAGUUGGAGCUUCAAUUGCUGUGCGCUUAGGAACUCAUCAUGACUGGUUGUUUUUCUGCUGUUUUAUUGGGAUGUUCUUAUUUUAUUGUGCUCAUUGGCAGACUUAUGUUUCGGGUGUAUUGAGGUUUGGAAAAGUGGAUGUAAAUGAAAUCCAAGUAGGUUUAAUGAUCAUCUUUGUGUUGUCUACAAUUGGAGGAGCAACAAUGUGGGACUAUACGAUACCCAUUCUAGAAGUAAAAUUGAAGAUCUUCCCAGUUCUUGGAGUUGUAGGUGGAGCAAUUUUUUCCUGUUCAAAUUAUUUCCAUGUUAUCCUCCAUGGUGGAGUUGGCAAGAAUGGAUCCACUAUAGCAGGCACCAGUGUCUUGUCACCUGGACUUCACAUAGGAAUAAUUAUUAUACCGGCAAUAAUGAUCUAUAAAAAGUCAGCAACUAAUGUGUUUGAAAAGCAUCCUUGUCUUUAUACCCUAAUGUUUGGAUGUGUCUUUGCUAAAGUAGCACAAAAAUUGGUGAUAGCUCACAUGACUAAAAGUGAACUGUAUCUUCAAGACACUGCCUUUUUGGGCCCAGGUCUUUUAUUUUUAGACCAGUACUUUAAUAAUUUUGUAGACGAAUAUGUUGUUCUAUGGAUAGCAAUGGUCAUUUCUUCAUUUGAUAUGAUUAUGUACUUUAGUGCUUUGUGCCUGCAAAUUUCAAGACACCUUCAUCUAAGUAUCUUCAAGAUUUCAUGUCAUCCAGCACCUGAACAGGUUCAAGUUCUCCCUUCAAAGAGUCAUCAGAAUAACAUGGAUUGAAGAGACUUUCGAACAAUUGCCAUCUCCUGCUGCUGCUGUUCAUGAAAGGAGAUAUUAAACAUUUGUUUAAUUUUUAGAUAAGUGUUAACCAUAUUUCAACAAAUAAAAUAUUUCAAUGCUUAAAACAUAUUAAUCCUUACUUUUCAAUUUUAACAUCAUAACUUACAGUAUCCAUCAUAAUUUGUUUUUGCAACAUAGCCAUUUCAUUUUUAAGUUCAUUUUGUGCAUCAGUAACUAGAGUAUCACUAUUCUUCUCCAAGUCCUCCAUACUCUAAAACAUAAAAAAACUAGUUUAGUUAUAAAUCAUCAUUUUUAAUCUCAGGUUCUAAACUUGUGCAAUUAAUUUUCAAAAGUAGGAACUUUAAAAAAUUCAAGUAGUGUACAUUAUUUGUUCUUAAUAAAAAUAUUCUAAGUGAUGCAUCAAAACCAGAAUGCCCACUAGGAUUAAAAGGUGCCAGACAUGAAUCAAAUAGUAUUACAGGUGUACUUUGCUUGAAACAGUGGGUUAAUGAACUGUUAAGGUUUAAAUAUUGAACAUACUAAAAAAAAAAGACUGGAAAUCUAC